AUGCGCGAAUUCGUGUAUAGCAGAAUCGUGCAUGGGGGUGAGAGCAUCAAGGGUCUUGCGGCAUCGACCGGCAUUGACAUGCGGCGCAUCGCGGCCGUCGUGCGGCUCAAGCAAAUCGAAAAGCAGUGGGCCGAGCAGGGGAAGCAGCUAGCAACGCCGUACAGAAAAGCGGUGCUGGAUAUGCUACCAAGCUUUGGCACCUAUCAUCAGAAUAGAGGAUUAGCGUACGAGAACAUCAACGAAAUCCACACACACGCCUACACCAAGCAGCAGCUCUUUGUGCCCGUGUCCGAGUCGCGCCAGUUUACCCGCGAGGACGCCGCCCGUGCGUUCCACACCAGGAUGCUUUCGCCCGACAAGCGCAUGCCCAUCCCCGAGCUGAUUCAGGUCGAGAAGGACGUCAUCAGCGGCAAGCAGUCGCACCAGAAGAGCAUGCUCGAACUCCAGGACAAGGCCGCCAAGGAACAGGUCGCUUUGGCGGAGAAGGACCGCUUGGCGGCCGAGGCGGAGGAGGCGCGUACGAAUCGUGUCGCCACAGACCGCUUCGAGUUCCGGAUCCAGGAUAUCAACGCAGAAAAUGUGGGGCCCCACGGCCGGGCGCCAACCGUUGUGGGCUGGCGCUAUGGUGUGCCGUCGCAUGAUCGCAAGAAGGGCCAGGUCAAGAUUCCCACGAGUGUUGGUUAA